AUGCCCUCGCCCUUGUCCCGGUGGCUCCCCGUCAUCGCAUUCUGGACGUUCCCCCUCCUCGCCAUGCUCAGUGUCUCUCCCUCGCUACGCACAUUCCUCCUCUCCCGCCCAACACUCACCUACGCGCUCGCCUCGGUCCUACCAACAAUCAUGCUGUCCCGCUUCGUCGCACCGAUAAGGUAUUACCUCCGCCUGACGACUUUCCUCGUCGGACUCGCGGCAAACGCCAUGUUUGGCGCGAUCAUGGCUCUCCCGAUGAGUCUCGUGGGCAAGGGAAAGGACAACCAGUGGCUCGUCGCGAGGAGCUUUGUCAAUACUGUUGCGCCCCUCGUGGGAGUCAAGUUCCGCGUCGAGGGGAGGGAGAAUUUGGACAAGGCGAACCCGGCGGUGCUUGUCGGGAACCACCAGACCAUGGUUGACAUCCUCUACCUCGGCGCCGUCUUCCCCAAGGGCACGUCAGUCAUGGCCAAGCGCGAGUUGCAGUGGACGCCAAUCCUCGGCCAGUGGAUGACGCUCUCCAAGGCGGUGUUUGUCAACCGCGCCAAGCGCGAGGACGCAGUCAAGGUGUUUGCCAAGGUCGCCGCAAAGAUGAAGAAGAACAGCCUCUCGCUCUGGAUCUUUGCCGAGGGCACCCGCUCGGCCUCCCCGACCCCCUCGCUCCUCCCGUUCAAAAAGGGCGCGUUCCACCUCGCCGUCCAGGCAGGCUUGCCCGUCGUGCCAAUCGUGUGCGAGAACUAUGCGCAUGUGUAUCAUGCCAAGGCGAGGAGGUUCAACGACGGAGAGAUUGUCGUCCGGGUUCUCGAACCCAUCUCGACCGAGGGCUACACCUCGUCGUCGGCCGACAUCGCGCACCUGACAGAGCUCACGCGCGACCGGAUGCUCGAGGCGAUCGAAGACCUCGGUCGCAAGCGGCAGGAGCAGUUGCGGCUCGCCGGUCACGGCCAAGGCCAAGGGCAGGGCGAGCGAGAGGCACUCCUCGCGGGACGGGAGAGUACGAGCGGCGAGACGGCGAGUGCGAGGAUUGAGGCGCCGUCCGAAUAA